GUCACAAAUAACGCGACUGAUCUUUGACACAGAGCAGCACAGCAACGUUAUGUCCGAGUAGUUUAGUUAGUGCUUUAAGUUAUGCAUGUAUGACGCUUAAUAAGUCACUAUAUAUUAUUUUAGCCUGCAGUUGUUGCAUGUUAGUUUUUUACAGCUUUGUCUAGCUGCUGAACUAAGUACACACACUUGCUGGCUGGCUGUGCAGCCUCACAGAGGACACACAUGGCUUACACACACAUAUUGAGAGCGCUGCUGCACCGGAAUCUGCAGCAGACGUGUAAACUCACACAGGUCAGCCUGCUCAUCCACACCCACAGUGUGUCGACCUUCCUCAGGAGAGUCGAGGCUCCUUCGUGGGGCUUGCCAGUGCUGAGUUGCUUCAUUCAAGCACAGUCGCGUCGGGGUUUUUCGCUCGAUUCUCAGGCAAGAAAUCAAAGCAGCCCCGAAGAGAGAAAGUCUGUCUCCAGGUACCAGAGAGGGGCCCCGCAGCCUUCAGCUGCUCAGAAAGUGAAAGAAGCCGGCAGAGACUUUACCUACUUGAUAGUUGUACUCAUCGGGCUUGGAGUGACAGGUGGGCUGUUAUAUGUGGUGUUCCAAGAGCUGUUUUCCUCCUCAAGUCCAAAUAAAGUCUAUGGGAAAGCCUUCAACAAAGUCAAGUUAGACCCAGAGGUGAUUGGUGCAUUUGGGGAGCCAAUAAAGUGUUAUGGGGAGACUACCCGUCGAGGAAGGAGGCAGCAAGUCAGUCAUCAAGAGUACCUGAAAGACGGACUGAAGCAUAUGAGACUUAAGUUUUACAUCGAGGGCUCCGAGCCAGGCCGCAAAGGAACUGUACACUCAGAGUCAAAAGAGAAUCCUGAAACUGGAAAAUAUGAGUUUCGUUACAUAUUUGUGGAAGUAGAUACCUACCCAAGACGAACCAUCAUUGUGGAAGAUAACCGAUAAGCAAGAUAAUGGAAAGUGUCUCUUCACUGAAAAAGCAUUGUGAGAAUGUGAAUAAUUUGUUUGUGUUAUUGGACACAUAGCUGAAGAUUUACUGUAAAUAUACCUUUAAUAUACUUUGCCACAACAAUGGAGCAUUUGGUGACGAGCUUUGGACAGGAAAUGAUCAUCAUCUUGUUUGUGUUAUUGUUUAAUAAAUAAUACACAUGUGCUACAAAUCGAUUUUUGACUAAAAGACUACAAGAUUACAUGAAUGUGUAAUAACCUGCAAUCAAAGAUGGUUUUAAAGUUUAAUAAAAAAGUUG